UUUUACCUACUAAUGUUAGACCAACUAACUAUAACUUAAUUUUGACUCCUGACUUAAAAGAAUUCACGUAUAAAGGAACUGAAGUUGUAAAUCUUGAUAUUAACGAAAAUACCAAUAAAAUCACCUUAAAUGUUGUCGAAAUUGAAAUCCAAUCUGCAACGAUUGAAAAUUUAUCUUUAAAAACUAUUUCCAGUCAAGAAGCAACCGAUAUCUCUUAUGAUAAGGGUACUGUAACUUUAACUUUUCAAAAAGAAAUUAUUGCUG